AUGCACGCGAUGCCGCGCAAGCGGAAGGAUUCUCAAGAUAGUGACUAUGGCUACUCUCAACGGAUCCACGUAUCCCAUCUCCGCAAUGUGUGGCUUGCAUUGAAGCUGGCUGUCUUCAGAGACUCCAUGGCUGCGCGCGUGAAGGGACUCCGCUUACUGCGAGACGCAUUGAUCAACUAUGGAGCCCAUGAAGGUCUAUAUACCGCCGACAACUUCUGGGGGACGCGGUCCGACAAGGAGAAUGUAAAGGAUAUGGUGGAGGAUUUCGCAUACUCUCUCGCGAGAGAAACGCAGCCAGAAGACAUUUCAGAGUGGAUUGAGGCCAACUGGAAGAAUUUGAGGACGCCUACCAAUGCAUUUCCGCUCUUCCCCCGUCGCUUUGAGUUCGAUGUGAAGGACAUAGUCAAAUCCUCACGGCAAUUCCAUGCAGAGGAGACAGAUGGACUCGUAUCUUGCAUGGCUGACAGCGACGUGAAUCCUUCCGACGUCGCAGAUGAUCCUCACGUGCACAAGGAGAGUAUUCGCGGUGUAAGCGCAAGGAAGCAGAACCGCCUGGACAAGAAGCAGGAAAAUGCGGAGCAUGCACGCAACAUACUUCGUGCAGGAAAAAAGGGGGGCAUGAAGUGCGAGGAGUGCAAAAAACGUCGCAAGGGAUGCUUUUUUGACGACAGAUCCCUCAGUGGUUAUGUCAGCAAGCAACUCAGUGGAAACAUUACUAGCGACAGACAGCCUCAUGCACAGGCCGACAUGCAGUCCCCAUCGCUUGAUGGCGACGUUUCGACAAUACAAACGGGAAAAACGCGUUCAGAGCGGGAAGCCAAACGGAAUGGGAAGCGUCACGCCCAUUUUGGCGACGAGGGGCCGGAGCAGCGUUUGACGAUGCACACUGACGAAGACCGCUACUCGCCGGUACACCGUGCAGAAGUCUGCGUUCCCGCUACCGACAUCGCGCUCGACCUCUAUCGGCCAAUGGAAGAGCUGAUGCUUUCUUACGCACGUGGGACUGAUCCCGCAGUAGGAAUCGCCUCGGAGAACGGGUCUGCACCUUCGAAUCAUAGGCAAGGUGGUGGCAUGAUGCCAGUGGAAGCUAUGAAGGUCGAAGAGAUUCAGGCCCUCGUCGACGAACGCAGGAAGGAGCUGGCCCUUGUCCGGGCUGAGGUAUUCUAUCAGGAGCAGGCAAGGGAUUUUGCACAGCGUGAGAUUAUGACGAGGGAGGUGGACAUCGAGAGGAUGGAAGCUCAACUCAAGGAUCUGCAGUCAGUUCAUAAAACGUCAGACGCCCGCCAUCGAGGGAACAACAUAUCGUCUGGGAGCGAUCGUGAGGUCGACAUCCUGAUCUUGACCAUUGACGGAAUAAUGGCAAAACUUUCGAAGAGCGCUUCGGAGAAGGAGGGGGAUCGAAUCUCGGACACCAUACAGAAGUGGUGUGAUGCGUGCACAAAGGACACGAUGACGACCUUCCAGUCUGCCAAGGUGAUCCUGAGCGAGUUACGUGCAGCGUUGGUUGAGCUCGGGCUCCACAUCGGAGUCUACUCCGGCAAAAGGCCUGAGCCGACAUGGAUUGUGGUGGAGCUGCAGAAGAUCGUAGGGUUCGUUAGUGGAAGAGGAUCAAACAGGGAUGUUCGCAAGUGGCUCGAAGCUGAGUGGCCUGAGUUACUGGGAGACAGAGAGUCUUGUUGGCCCAGGCUUGCCGACGUUCCCGGUGGCAACAACAUCGCUGAAACUGAUGACCCGAUGGCUGGCGAUGAUGCCGACCGGGAGGAUCAUGGAGACAGUGGCGACGAUGAGGAAGAUACGGAUGAGGGCUCACCUCCGCGACCUUCUCAGUCGGGUAAACCAAAGCGAGCCGCCAUUCUCGCGGAGGAGUCCAAGGCUGCGAUAAAGGUGAAGGCGGAUGAGUAUCGAAAGGAGUUGAAGAAGCUGAUCCGUCCUGAACAGUGUGACUACUGUCGGACUGCGACACGGGCCGUCAGGGAAUGCAUUGUCGACAAGGGAGGUGUCACCUGCGGGACCUGCAGGACCGCUGGCAAGGGAUGCUAUUUCAACGGGUACUCCCUUAAUGGGACGCAGAGCAAAAAGGCUCUCACUGGGACACUCCAAGAUAACGACGACCUUGCAGCCAACUCGAAGGGGAUCGAGAGGUCGACAGAAGUGGAAGUGCCCAUUGCGACGGGCCGUCAGACACGUCAUUCAGCAUCGUCGCCUGGAAAGCUCAAGCCUCCCCCACAGCCGACUCGAAAAAGGGGACGGAAGGCAGCUGAGGAAGAUGAACGUGAUCUCGCUACUUCGACAAAGCCACACGCGUCGAAGCCCGAGAAGGAGGGCGCGACAGCGAGCAAAGACGAGCAUGCCGAGCCCACGGAGGACGCCCCCCGCCGCAAGCGGGCAAAGCCUGAGAUAGCGGGAUUAUCGAGCGCAGGGGACGGCAGGACUCCUCUACCUUUCACGUCUGCGUUAACAGUCUCAUCAGCUGGGCAGUCAGCUGCAUUGUCUGGUGUCGGCGCGACGGGAUCCGUUCGCCGCGUAACGGAUAAACAGCUGUCCGACUUCGAGAACCUCAACAUCAAGGAUGUUGAAGCCGCUUCUGGCAGGCUGGACGCCUCAUCGACAAGCCUUGUCUACGGAGCUGUCGACGAUAACACUGCUGCUGUACGUGUGGUAGCCAGCUUCAUCAAGACACUUGAGCAGAGGCAGGCGACAGUCGCUACAUCAAUGGAAACAUUGACGCAGGAGCACGCUUGGCUAGGCGCUAACCUGGCCGAAUACACACAGGUUCUGGAGGACUUGCAGCAAGGCGGUAUGGCAGACGCGGGCGGCAGUCGCCUGCCUAGCAGCUCCCAAGAGCCGUCUCAACCUGACGCUCGUGUUGGUGGUCGGGCUGUAUCCAAUACACGCCGUGGGCGGUGA